CCGUGCCCGGAGAAGCGGCGCGGGGCCCCCGGGGCGCCGGGCUUAGGGCGGCGCGGGGAGCCUCCCCGGGCGCCAUGGCGGAGGCGGCGGCGGCGGCGGAGAAGUUCCUGUCCCCGGACGAGGCGUUCCCGUCGCUGGGCCCCCCGCGCGGGGCGGGCAGCCUGAGCGAGGAGCCGGGCUGCCUGGACGUCAGCGACUUCGGCUGCCAGCUGUCGUCCUGCCACCGCACCGACCCCCUCCACCGCUUCCACACCAACAGGUGGAACUUGACUUCGUGUGGAACCAGCGUAGCCAGCUCAGAAUGCAGUGAGGAGCUGUUUUCAUCGGUGUCUGUUGGAGAUCAGGAUGAUUGCUAUUCCUUGUUGGAUGAUCAGGAGUUCACAUCUUUCGACUUAUUCCCAGAAGGAAGUGUCUGCAGUGAUGUAUCUUCUUCUAUUAGCACUUACUGGGACUGGUCAGAUAGUGAGUUUGAAUGGCAGUUGCCUGGCAGUGACAUUGCAAGUGGAAGCGAUGUUCUUUCUGAUGUGAUACCUAGUAUUCCCAAUUCCCCAUGCCUGCUUCCAAAGAAAAAGAACAAACACAGAAAUUUAGAUGAACUUCCUUGGAGUGCAAUGACAAAUGAUGAACAGGUUGAAUAUAUUGAAUACCUGAGUCGGAAAGUCAGUACCGAGAUGGGUCUUCGGGAACAGCUUGAUAUUAUUAAAAUUAUUGAUCCCACUGCUCAGAUAUCUCCUACGGACAGUGAAUUUAUUAUUGAACUUAACUGUCUUACAGAUGAAAAACUGAAACAGGUGAGAAACUAUAUAAAGGAGCACGGGCCUCGCCAGCGUUCUGCCAGGGAGAACUGGAAGAGAAGCAGCCACAGCUGUGCCAGCACAAGUGGAGUGAGUGGUGCCAGUGCCAGCAGCAGCAGUGCCAGCAUGGUCAGCUCAGCAAGCAGUAGUGGGUCCAGCAUUGGCAACUCAGCUUCCAACUCCAGCGCCAACAUGAGUCGAGCACACAGUGAUAGCAACUUGUCUGCAAGUGCUGCUGAGAGGAUUCGUGAUUCAAAAAAGCGGUCCAAACAACGAAAACUGCAACAAAAGGCCUUACGCAAGAGGCAACUGAAAGAGCAGAGACAAGCUCGUAAAGAAAGACUAAGUGGGCUUUUCCUUAAUGAAGAAGUGCUCUCCUUAAAAGUUACUGAGGAAGACCAUGAAGGAGAUGUAGAUGUUUUAAUGUGACAAGGGUGAAUUUGUCAGCGUUCUUUCUAAGCUUAAAAUAUAGAUUCUCAUCCUUAUUGUUUACAUAAGUUUCUCGCCUGAGACUUUAAUUAGGGCUCUGCUGAUAUAAAAUUUUCAUUCAUAAUCCAGGAAGAUUUUGGGCCUCUUGAACUUAAAUAUUUACUACUAUAAAAUCAACUUUAUAAAAAGACCAAUGCAUUAAUGAUUUAGAGGACUUCCCAGAAAUGCCAACAGAUAAGUCUGUUAAUCAAAACAUAGCUCAGAUCUAUUCUAAAAGUUCCAAUUAUUUUAUUCAUAGUAGCACUGUCUAUGGUCCUAUAAACAAUCACAAUUUUCAUAGCUGCUGUCCUUAGUGGAAAAGUUAUUAUUAAAAAUGGCAUUUUCAGAUAAUGCUGCUUUGACAUACUAAGCUUAGGUACAUAAAUCCUCUUAUUAUUUUAAGACAUAGAUGUGAGACUAAUACAUUUAUAAGAGCUUCAGUAUUUGUUUUUUGGGUUUUUUUUUUUUUAAUGUGAAAUCCUAAUCCUGUUCUUAAUAUAGUGACUCUGAGGAAAUGACUUUGAUGUCCCUUGCAUGUAAUGUUGGAAUAAUGAUUGGGAAGCAAGCUUGUAAGAAUAUUAAAAAGCAUUACACUUACUCAGCAUUUUCAAGAAUUUUAUCAGGUAAGAUUUAGUCUCAUAGGUUAACUUCGUUUUCAUUUGGAUUAAAAAAAAAUCACUAAUUUUACUGCUGUUUCAGCACAACUCUAACUUAUAUUUUAAAAAAGAACUUCAGGCAAUUGGCAGGUUAAUGCCUAAAAAUCCUUGAAACUUCAAAACUUUGAAGCAGAAAACAAGAAAUAGCACAUGUCUAAGAUGGUUGACUUGUAAGGACCACAUUUUUAAAUACUGUCACCAAGAACAUAUACUCAGGUAGUUGUAUGUUGGUAUACACUUGUAGGGUAGUUUGAAAUAAUGCAGUUUCCUCAUUUGAUGCUGUUAUAGUGAAUAUUAGAAAUAACCUGUAGCAUUUUCUUAACAGAUCUUCCUACAGAGAAAUUUAGGGAAAAUUAUUAUUAUUUCUAACAAUUGUUAAGCUGCUUUUUGACAUUUUACAUGGCUAAAGUGUGAAAUAUUUCUUAUUUUGUACCUUUUUCAUGACUCUUCCUUUGGGAAUCUUAGAAAAUUCUUUACUUUGACCCCAAGGGGCAGAGUAAAUUAAAGCUGGGGAGACAUUACAAUUGAAAAGAAAAGUGAACGUUGGUAUUGCAGCUGUAUUAUGGCCAAAAUGUUUUUAAAACUUAAAUAUGCAUAGUCUACAAAAAUUGAAAAGAAAUCCACGUGCUCUAAAGGAUUCAUACUUGAAGACAACCCUCAGAGUUUCUCUUAACAGCAUUGUCUUGGUCAAGACCAUCACCCUCAUGAUGUCCACAGUCAUAGCAGACUGGAGUAGGAAGCUUCAGGCCAAGAAGGAAAAGUAUGGAAUGGGCAUGGAAAGUUCAUUAUGUGCUAUUGCUGCUGCAUGCAGAAUUCUGCAUAGUCCUGGAGAAUGGUUGAUGUUUGUUCCAUUUUUCAAGGAAGAUGGGACAGUCAUUUCUUUGAGACUUCAUUAUAGUCACGGAGUGGUACAUGUGUGUCUACUCAGAAAUAAGUUAUUUGAGUAUGAUUGUAGUGAUCCAGUUAGCAUUACCUAAAAAUUUAUGUUUCUGAUGCAAAACUCCAAAACCCACAUAAACUUUGUGUCUCUUUGAACUUCUAGAGUUUCUCAGUAGUAGUCAAAAAACAGUCUUGGUGAAAAUAACAACAGAGAGAGGUUAUUUAAUAUCUUUAGUUGAAAAACUUUCAGGCUAGGUCACAGGAGCAUUAGAAUCCAAAUAAUGAAUGCAUUUUUUCCAGAAAAAACAAAGCUUGUAUUCAUAUCUUUGCAAACAUUUUGUGCUCUGAAAACUCCUCUGACUUUUUGAGUUUUCUCUUUGUAGCACAGCAGGUAAGGAGGAAAUGUUUUUCCACCACUGGAAAAAGAAUAACCAAAUAUUUUCCAAACUAAAUGUAUAUCAACAGCUCAUUUAAACUGAAAAUGAAAUUUCUGUUUAUGCAGAUUAUUCACUGAAGCCUUGUUAAUACUAAAUGUGAUAAAUUUUUAAAAUUGGAUUAAAUUCAGUUUUCUUAGUCACUGAAAUGUGAAUUUUCUGUUAAACCUACAUGUAGCUUUCUACCAAGUAAAGGAAUUGUAAAAUGAAUAAUAACAAGGAAGUGCAAUAUCACAGUGGGUUGUGAAAUUGCUGCUUUAUUUUCCUAUCUCAGCAAGUCUUUUCUAUUGAGUGCUGUUAUCUUUUAUCAUAGUCUGUCCCCUUUCCAUAUGAACUACAACCUUUCUUAGGACAGUUCUUCUCUUGUUAGAAUAAAACAGAUAUUACACUAUUAAUCCUUGAAGUUGGUAUUUCUUCCAAAUUCCUAACUGAUUCCUGCCAGCAGUUAGGAAACCUUUUUUAAAAGAAAGAUAACCUGAUUGUGGUGAGUUUCUAAAGCUCUAUGAAAUUCAUGGCAUUUUAAAUUCUGGAUUUAAUCCAAAAUAUAGUCUUUGUUUACAUCGGGUUUUGUAGAUGUCUUUUGAAAGUAAUUUUCCAGUGGAAAAUUCCUGUUUGGCCUAAAUCUGCAUAUAGGCAACUGAACCUUCUUCACCAAGCUCUCUUUAGUAGGUAUUGUGGCUGGGCAGGCAGGGCUUGUGUUUUAGGAAACCACACGCUACUAGUUCUGCCUCAAGAUUUAGGCCAAGAAUCCCAAUGUCAGCACUUUUUCCUGAGGAACACGUGCCCGAAUGGUAUAUUCCAGCCCUGUUUCCCACUCACAAACUGCUCUUCCUUGGGCAUUCUUGACAGUCUAGACAGACAGGCAGGGAAGUGAGGGGAAACAGUGUCAAGCCACCAGGACAUCUGAUCAGGUAAACGUGCAGACUGAGCUAAUCAGUAGUCAAAUUCAGCAAUAGAUUCAAACAACCUCAGCCUAAUGAUUCGCAUGUCCUCCAUAAGUGAACAGCUGAAGCAAAUACUGGUAGCAAAUCUCCGUGUUGUCCGCAGGCUAAGACCACUUUUGUUAGGCACAAGAAGAAACAUGGAUCUUGCUGGGUUUUUUUCCAAACUGACCAUAAUUUUGUCAUAUGACUGAGCAGAGCUACCACCCCCCAAAGGAAUGAUAUUUUGAUAUUCUGAUAGCUCUAUUAAUAAUGCUGGGAAACAGAGGUGUUCUUUAAAUAGUCAACAGUAAGGGAGAGGUACAGGAGAGGACAAUCCUAGAUUAGGAAAAUAUAAAUGAAGGGAAGAUUUUUAAAGUUUUUUUACUAGUCACCCAGCCCUUGUCUCCAGGGCCUACAUUAUUUUGAAAUAGUAACCUUCCUCCAUCCUCUUCCCCAUCCCAUAUGUGCUCCAGUGAAUAUUAAAAGAAUAUACUUUAAGGUGGGUGCUCCAGUGAAUAUUACAAGAAUAUACUUUAAAGUGGGUCUUAGAAUGAAUCAGUAAUUAAUUAUGAUUACAAAAUCACAGGGUAAUUUUCCAAAAUUACAACACAAAUAAUAUAGUCGGCUUUGAAGGUGCUGCAAAAAAAUUGUAUUGAUAAUACAUCGAAUUCUUAAGUAGUUUGGUGAAAGUUUUGUUCCAUCAAAUCAAACUAGUUGAUUGUUAAUAAGAUAAAAAUGGCGGGGGUCUAAUAGGUGCAGGAGGGAACUCUAAAGGCUGGAAAUUAUUACAUAAAUUAUUUAUUGUGUUCUUUGUAUGCUUUAUAAAUGUCAUUGUGUUGGAGAACUUGUUAGACAUCAGAUAGAAUAAUUUUAAAAGCACACAAAGUACUUUGAGAGCAAAGAUACAGCACAUUGUACCUUCCCCCCACCAACCAUCUCAGACAUUCCUCUGUUUGGUGGCAAUGGCUUUUUUCCUUGACUCUAUCAACGCAUUGUCAGAGCUUUGUUUAUCCAGUGUUUUUUUAACUCCAUUCAUAGUUUGAGUUGAUACCCGAAAUCACAGGAACAUUCUCUAUCUAUCAUGAUAUGUAGCAACCUUACUACACUUAUAGAUAAAUUUGGUCGUUGCAGGACUGCAUGAAAAAAGGUAUGAGCAGAUGUUUAUGAAUGUGCUUUGUAAUUGUAGUUAAACAAAAUUCAAGUUUCUAAUUUUAUCUCUUAAAAUCAGUAAAACAAUUGAUUGAACCGCUCUUGGUCCUUGUUGCUAGUUCUUCCACUAGACUGCAAGUUCCUUGAGGUUAGGGAAUCUCAUCUUCUAAUUGUAUUGUACUUGCUCAAAUGCAUAGAACAGUGCUUUGCACCCGAUAGAUAUUCAGUAAUAAAUGGUGUUGUGUGGUGAUUCAGGCAUUUUUGUCUAUGUAUUAUCUGGGAUGCAAAUUCCUCCACUUAAUUUAAGAACAUUAUUUUUUUUUCUUCUGUAGAAAAUAAAUACUUUUAUUAAAAAGGCUUAGAAGGAACACUGAAAAUCACAUCACUGUUGGGCUGCAAAGAUCACAGUCGAUCUGGAAUACAGCCUAAUUGACAGGGGAUUGAUUUGUUUACUUAAUGUGGCAAUAUUUUUUUAGUUUUAGACUUUUCUUUUUUAACAAUUAGAUUGAGACUGUAAAUUCUUUAGAGUAGAUGGAAAGAUGGCAAAUUUAUAUUUAAUAUGAAGUUCUUAUUGAGUACAGUAAGAAAACCAGUGUGAUAUCUCUGGGUACAACACCGUAUUUAGAACUUUUCCAAUUGUGAGUUUUAUUUUUUAUAUCAUUGUGGUCAAUAGAACCUGUGGGGAUGUGUUUUCUUUAUUGGAGGAGGGACAGUGCUUUAAUUAUUCAUAUACAUUUUGACUAUUUAAAGGUAGAUAUAGAAUAACUGUGUAUAAAUAAUACUUGACACAUAAUUAUUAAUCUUGAUUGUUCAGCUGAUCAGUGGCCUAAAGCCAUGACUUGUCUCUUAGGGCUGUGUGAUGAUCUUCAAUAAUUUUGUAUCCUUUGAGCUUUUUAAGUUGAGAGUUUCGGUUAUUUUCCAUAGAUUAUUACAGAAUGCCAAGAAGUGCCCCAUUAUUUUGUAUGACCAAUUUAAUUCCCCAUUUUUGUUCUAAUUUAGGUCUGGAUAUUAGACUAGUUUUUUGUGUGGUGAUGGUUAAAUUUUGCAGAAGUGCCAAGACAAUGAAAGAGAAAUGCAGUUAACUUUAAAACACUCAACUAAUAGUGAAACUUUUAAAAAUGAAAAAGUAUUUUUAAAGAUCAGUUAUGCAGCCCUAAGGUGUUAAUUCAUAACCAAAGCAAGUAGGAAGUUGACUGGUUUAAGAAAUCUUCAAAUAGUCUUAAAUACUGUAAUGUAUUAAAUUGUCAGGAUUUUUUUCCUGGGUUUAUGCUAAAUGUAUUCCUAAAAUGCACUUUGUAAAUAGGAUGAACUGUCAUCUGUACAUUCUGUACCUACUUACCACAAUGUAUAUAAACAAACUUUUUUUCUUAAAUUGUGAAGGAUUAACAGUAGCUGCAACACUGGUGGUUGUUAUUUGAAGCUCUCAUUGUAUUUAAAAAUAUAGUCAUGUAGUUGAAAAGCAAAUGAGCGUAAAACAUUGUACAGAUUGGAACUAAAUUCAUAUGGCAAAGAUAUCUGGAACUGAAAAUUGGAAUGAAGUUUGGUUUUGAUUAUGAAA